CCUCCCCCGCAGCACGCCGGCGGUUGGUUUCUUCUCCCGGCUCCAACGGCCGCGCGCGUCGUUUCCCACGGCGGCGAUGGCGAUGCUCAGCGUGCUGGAGGUGGGCGGCUCUCUUCUGGAGCGGGUCGCCGCCGGCAGCCCGUUCUCGCUCCUCCUGGCCGCCUCGGCUUUCGCGCUGAGCUUGGGCUACCUGCUGCAGGUCGGCGCCCGCCACCGGCAGCGGGCCAGCAGUGGCCAGAAGUAUCCACCUUAUAUUUCAUCGAAUAUUCCAUUUUUGGGGCAUGCGGUUGCAUUCGGGAAAAAUCCUAUCGGAUUUUUGGAAAGUGCCUAUGAAAAGUAUGGGCCUGUAUUUAGCUUCACGAUGGUGGGGAAGACAUUUACGUACUUGCUGGGUAGCGAUGCUGCUGCACUUCUGUUCAAUAGUAAAAAUGAAGACUUAAACGCAGAAGAUGCAUAUUCACGGUUAACAACACCUGUCUUUGGCAAAGGAGUGGCUUAUGAUGUACCCAACCCAUUGUUUUUAGAACAGAAGAAGAUGCUGAAAACUGGGCUGAAUAUAAAUCAAUUUAGAAAACAUGUACCGGUAAUAGAAAAGGAAACUCUGGAAUACUUUAAAACAUGGGGAGAGAGUGGAGAAAGAAAUUUGUUUGAAGCACUUUCAGAACUAAUAAUUUUGACAGCAAGUCACUGUUUACAUGGGAAGGAGAUAAGGAGUAUUCUUGAUGAGAAGGUGGCACAACUCUAUGCUGAUCUGGAUGGGGGAUUUACUCAUGCCGCUUGGCUUCUGCCAGGUUGGCUGCCUUUGCCCAGUUUCAGACGUAGAGACAGAGCACACAAAAAAAUAAAGGCUAUUUUCCAUGAAAUAAUUCAGAAACGACGACAAUCUUUGGAGAAAGAUGAUGACAUGCUUCAAACACUACUGGAUAUUACCUACAAAGAUGGGCGCCCUCUAACAGAUGACGAGAUAGCUGGGCUGCUCAUUGGAUUGCUGCUAGCAGGUCAACAUACAUCUUCAACUACUAGCACUUGGCUUGGUUUCUUUUUGGCUAGAGACAAAUCACUCCAGGAUCAGUGUUACAGGGAACAAAAAGCAGUUUGUGGAGAAGAUCUCCCUCCAUUAAACUAUGAUCAGCUCAAGGACAUGGUUUUACUGGAGCGUUGCUUGAAAGAAACAUUAAGACUUCGACCUCCUAUAAUGACCAUGAUGAGAAUAGUUAAGACCCCUCAAAAUGUUGCUGGCUAUACAAUUCCACCUGGCCAUCAAGUUUGUGUAUCUCCUACUGUCAAUCAUAGACUUAAAGACUGUUGGAUAGAAAACUUAAACUUCAAACCAGACCGUUACUUACAAGAUAACCCUGCAGCUGGAGAGAAGUUUGCGUAUGUGCCAUUUGGUGCUGGUCGUCAUCGUUGCAUUGGAGAGAACUUUGCUUAUGUUCAGAUUAAGACCAUUUGGUCAACUCUUCUGCGUCUUUAUGAAUUUGACUUGGUCAAUGGAUAUUUUCCUACCAUAAAUUAUACAACUAUGAUACACACAGCUAAUAAUCCAAUCAUCAGGUACAAAAGAAGAUCACACAGCAGUGGAACCUCUUUAAGCUAAAUUGCUGAGAGGUGUUUCUGCACACAUCGUAUGAAAAUUAUUAGUAGGAAUUCGUUCCUAAUCCCAUAAUUUGGUGGGAUUUUCCCUUCCACUUGAAUUAUGACACUGGGAGCCCUCAAGCCAGCAGAAGGUAAACCAGCCCUCUUAACCUCCAUGUUCUUCCCAUGCCACUUCUUCAGACUGUGAGAAAAAGUGCUGUGAGAGUUAUGAGGAUUCUGUGUGAUUUACAGAGGUAGAGUGAAUAAUGACCCGGUGCUUCUCUUAACAGUUUGAAGAAGCAGCGAGGGAACCAUGUCAGUUUGAGGGCUCCCACUAUCAUUAUUCAGUUUCUCAAGGUGAUUCUGCCAAAUUAUGGGACUGGGGUUCAUUAAUUCCAAAAAUCCCAUCUCUGAUUGUUAAGAAGAAGCUGUUCUCUUUGGCUAUAGUAUUGUAAAUUUCAAAUGUAAAGAUUUUGUGCUGUUUCUUAGAAGACUAAAAUUAUUGUAUUUACUUUUCUUAAUGUUUGCCUUACACACUAAUUUUGUAACAUCAAUAUGUAUUUUAAUUAUUUGUGCCUUUUAAAAUUCAGAAUCUUACAAAAUAAACUUAUGUAGGUUCAUUGGUGACCUACCUCGGUUUUGAUAAAAAUAAUUUUUUAGGAAUAUAAUUGUGUUGUUAAAAUGAAGAAAGUUCUAGCAUCACUGAUUACUGUAACAGAAUGUUAGCUUUAGAAUAUCACAAUCCUUUCAAACCUGUCACAGAGUGCUCAGAGUCAUUAAUGUAAAUAGAUUUAUUGCUGAUCUCACAAUCUCUGGCUGUGAGACACCUGAUACUUAAUGUGAUAUUACCUUGUAAUACAGAGGCAGUUUCAGGUACCAUAAAGAAUGUUUUUUUGCAGCACAUCUCGGUUCUAGUAAGAUACAGCAGUAAACCUAGGAGGACACAUUUAAAAAUCAUUCUAUAGAGGGUGAUAGUAAAACAUUUCAUACCUUCCUUGUAGACCAGAGGAAUUGAACGUAUGGUCCUCUGUGUGCUGUUGGAUUAAUUCCUGCCAUCCUUAACCAGCAUAGCCCAUGGUGAAGGAUGAGAGGAGUUGCCCAACAAGCUCAGGUUGGCACAUUCUUCCCUACUCAGUGUGGAAAGUUAAUAUGUGUAGCUGUACUUAUGUGUUGACUGGUCAUAUAGAAUGUUAGUUGUAUUUGUUUAAAUGUAUGGGUGGCUUAACCCAUUUAAAUUAAGGUUCUUAAUAUAUUGAAGUGUAUGUAUGUGGUAUUUGAAUACAUCUGGGGUUUUUGUUUUGUUUUUUGUUUUGCAAAUACUGUGUUCAUAAAGAUGAGGAUCUGAAUGGUAAGAGACAUGAUACAACAUGGUAGUGAAUGCAUCUGAACAGUUUCUGUGGAAUUAGACUUCUGUAUUUAGACCAGGGCGUCUACUGUAUAUCUUAAGUAAGACAACUCAGUGUUUUAUAACUGAGCCAGUAUGCAUGAAAAUAAUUUGCUUUUCCAGUAAUAUUUUGAAGUUCUGGAUAAUUAAAACUACCUGUCAGCCUGCAACUUGUCUGCCAGUUCUAUGUUAAUAUUGAAACAGUACUGAAACAAAUACAUUAUUUUGACUUUGAAAACAGAACAAAGGAAUUUGGAUGUACUGUAUUCAGGGUCCUAUCAUAGGGCAUUAGUAGAUAUAGAGAUAGACAGAAAGGAAUGCUGAAUCAGCUGCUCAUCUCCAAAAUGAACACAUAUACUAUAAAAUUGACAUGAUGUCCACAAGGAGAACAAGUACCAAAGAAGCUAAAGGUCUCUAAGCUCAACCAUGAGGGGUUGAGCUUGAUUCUCGAGACAAAUAUAUAGAUAAAAUUCUGUUCAGAAGCAGGAACACUGACAAUCAGUGCAAAACUCCCUAUGAUACCAUAUAUACUAUAUAUAUAUUACUGCUAUGAAAGCUCAAUGUACUUAAGAAACAUGGCUGUCUGGUUGGUUUGAUGAAAAUGAGGAAAUUGCAGAACAAAAGCAUAAAUGCUAUAAAGUAUAUUAUUUCAACGAACCACUUGUCAGUAAAGCUGCUUUCAACAAAAUUGGUUAUGAGCUGCAGUUUAAAUUGCAAGAGAUGUAGAAUUCACAGCUUAGUAGGAAGGUGGAGGAGAUUUGGAACUUCGCUGAUAGCAAAGAAACAAAUUCUUUGAAACAGUCAAAACUAUGUAUGGGCCCUAGCCUGCAGGCAUGUUUCCCCUCCACAGCCCCCAUAGCUUGGUACUCAUAGUUUUCACAGAGAUGGACCAAGGAUUUUCAUAGUGUCUUAGAUAAAUAAUCUGAAAUUAGUGAGAAGGCAGUUAGCAGACUGUCAGCAAUUGUGUGAACCGGAGGUCUUGUAGUAUCUUUAAGACUAAUUAGUUUUUUUUUAUUUUUCAUAAGCUGUCACAAGUCCAAGCACACUUCUUCAGAUGGAUUGGCUUUGUCUUUGGGGAGAAUUUAAAACUGUUGGCAGCGAGGUUGUGUUAGGAGAGGAAUACAAUAAGGUGUAUAAUUGGGUCUAUGACCGUAUAAUAAAACUUUAAACUUAAUAAGGCAUGUUGGUCAUGGGUGAAGGAUAUAUUUUUAUAAGGGGCAAAAUCCAGUUGUGUAAAGCAAUACUGACAAACUAUGGAGCGGAGACUAUUGACACCAUGCAAGAAAGAUCAAUAGUUUUUCUCCUAACUAUCUUUGGAAAAUUCUUGGUAUCAAAUGGCUGGAUAAAGUCACCAGCACCAAAGUCUUAGGGCAUUUUUUUACAACUCGAAUGACAAUUCCAGUGUGUUGGUUAAGUUAUUAGGAGGUCAGACAAUCAUCUCCUGAAAUAUAUUUUAUGUGGAGAGCUUGUUGCAGUUACUUGACUGCAUUAUGGACAGAAGAUGUGAUUCAAGGACACCUGAAGACAA